ACCGUGCACUGUCACCGUGCGCUGCAGUGUCUGCGGGACUUUGUCUUCUCAGUGCGGCGGUGUCGGGACAUCUCUGCGGCAUCGGCAGUCAGGACAACCGGGCAAAGCUCUCUCCGCAACGCUCCCGUGUGUCCACUUGUCUUCAUCCAUCCUGCUGGCUGGCACUGAGGCGUGUGCGCUCUGCGGCUGCGGGCAUCUUCCAUGUCCUGUCCUGUUAGUGUGGAUAGUGGCUUAUUGACUGUGCAUCAUCUGACUGGAGAAGACAUCUGGCUGGCACCAUGAGCAGCACUGUGUUUCAGCAGCAGGCUGUCCACAGCCCUCUGGAGCAGCAGAAGCAGAAAGCAAAUCAGGGCGGAGGAAGACCUAUCCCCUGUCAGAACUGUGGGAAGCCAUGCAAAGGAGAGGCUCUCCGCGUCCAGAACAAACACUUCCACAUCAAGUGCUUUGCCUGUAAAGUAUGUGGAACUGAACUGGCCCAAGGAGGUUUCUUUGUGCGGCAGGGUGAAUACAUCUGUACUCUGGACUACCAGCGGCUGUACGGGACUCGCUGCUUCAGCUGCCAGGACUUCAUAGAGGGGGAGGUGGUGUCAGCCCUGGGGAAGACCUACCACCCCCGCUGCUUUGUCUGCGCCUCCUGCAAACAACCUUUCCCAGCCGGCGACCGGGUGACAUUUAAUGGGAAGGAGUGUAUCUGCCAAAAAUGUACCCAGCCUCUCCCUGCCAACAGCCCUGCACCCAUACAGGCUGUCCACAACUGCUGCGGCUGUGGGAAGGAGUUUAAGAAUGAACAGUCUCUUGUAGCGCUGGACAAGCACUGGCACCUGGGCUGCUUCAAAUGUAAAGUCUGCAACAAGGUGCUCAAUGCCGAGUACAUCAGCAAGGAUGGAAUCCCCUACUGUGAGAUGGACUACCACGCCAUGUUCGGCAUCCAGUGUGAGAGCUGCAAGAAGUACAUCACUGGAAAAGUCCUGGAGGCAGGAGAGAAGCACUACCACCCUGCAUGUGCCCGCUGUGCCCGCUGUGAGCAGAUGUUUGCAGAGGGAGAAGAAAUGUACCUGCAAGGAUCUACCAUCUGGCAUCCUCCGUGCAGACAAGCAGCCAAGCUGGAGGAGAAGAGUAAGAAGCAGGUCCGGAUACAGCUCAAUGACAUCGCUGAGCAACAGGUGACCCGGACUUCAUCUGAGAGCAUUACUUCAGUCCCAGCAUCCAGCGCCUCAGGCUCUCCCAGCAGAGUCAUCUAUGCCAAACUAGGAGAGGAGAUGCUGGACUACAAGGACCUGGCGGCUCUUCCAAAGACCAAGGCCAUCUAUAACAUAGACAGGCCGGACAUGCUGUCCUACUCUCCAUAUGUCAGCUACCCGUCUGAGGAAAGGCACUAUGGAGAGGGUGAUGGGGAGAAGUCCCCCCGUCAGAGGAGGCCUUCCAGCCCCAGCUCCAACAGCUCCCUGGGGGGCUACGGACGUUACACCCCGUGUCGUUCCCCCACCAAUUACAGCCGACCAGGGCCAGAGGUGUACCUUGGUGGUAGACACAGCACCCAGGCCUGUGACUCCAGUUCUCUUGAUUUGCCUCCAAACCUCCUGGGUGCCAUUAAGUACCCCUCCACCUGGGCCAGGGACUCAUCUUCCCUCCCAGUGCACUGUUCUGCUGGGGCUGAAGGGAGUGGUGGUGGUGGCAAGUUCUCGCCCACACCAGUAGGUGGCAGUGCAGGCUUGUCUUUUCACCUGAACCCGACCACCCUGGCCAUGCUGCAGCAGCACAACUACAUCCCUUACUUCAGAGGAAGUGAAAGUGGUCGGAGUACCCCCAGCUUAUCCACCUAUUCUGAUGGCAAAUCCCCUUCCUCUACUUCUACAUAUGUGGCUGCUCCCCGGCAUUUCCACGUACCAGAGACUCUGGUCAAAGAUAAUCUUUAUAGAAAACCCCCCAUCUACAAACAGCAUGCUUCUAGAACAUCCUGGCAGGAUGGGGAGGAUGGCAAGAGGACCAGUUGGAUGAUCUUGAAGAGUGAGAUUGAUGGACAGAUUGGUCCUGAAGACCUGGACCCCCGCAAAUCGACCUGCAGUCUGCCCACUGACACCUCCCAGCCUAAUUUCCCCUACAAUAAGUCUGCAUCCUUACCCGGCUAUGGAAGGAAUGGCAUCUACAAGGCUGCUGAGAUGGUGGAGGAUGAAGUGGACCCACACUCUGAGAGCUGGGGAGUCAUGAGAGAAUACAAGAUCUACCCUUAUGAGAUUCUGGCAGUGACGCAUAGAGUGAAGGUGAAGCUUCCCAGAGAAGUAGAUCGCACCCGACUGGAGAGACACCUAUCUCCUGAGGACUUCCAGCAGGUUUUCGGCAUGACCCUGGAGCAGUUUGACCGCCUGGCCCUCUGGAAGAAGAACGACCUGAAGAAGAGGGCACGCCUUUUUUAGACCGAAGGAAAAUGAUCUCAACAUGCAUGCAUCCUGUGUGGGAGGAAGCACAAAAGAAAGCCAACCCAUUUGAAAUCUCUACAUACAGUAUGCACCGCCAUGAUAGCCCUACUUCCACCUGUAAACCGCCACGCCAUCUGCCAUCCGCCUGUGACGCCGCGGGGAGGCGCUCCGUGCCCGAACAUUUCCACGAUGUUGAGGCAGCAACUAGAGCUUUUUGUAUGCUAUGUGGUGCCAAUGUUUGACCGACAGCCUCACAGAAGAGGAGGCGAGGAGCUGCGUUUGCAUGGCCUGUGUUGAUGCUCCUCGCCUCCCGUGUGGUUUCUGCGUCCUCCCCGGCCCAUCUGGAUGCUUUCAUACACCCUGGCAAAAUAAUGACUUAUCACAUACAAACUAGUUCUCGUGCAGGCCUUCCCCCUGGUUGCUAUGGUCCGGACUUUUACAUAUACACCUUCUUUUACUUCACCUUACCACUGGUUUCUUUCUUUCUUUUUUUUACUGUUUUUUUUAAUUCAACACACAAUACAGAGAUACAAUACAGAGAAUAUACAACUUGGAGGAGAUGCUUUUGUUUUUCAUUGUCUAAUCUGUCUCUACACAUCAUUUGUUUGCUGCUCUGCCUUUUCUCUCUCGCUGUCUCCCCAUCGUUUUAAGUUUUCUCCCUCCACUGAGUGACUUUUACAUUGUCGAGGCAGUUCAUUUUUACACCCCCGCCAUUACUUCAGGGACAGUGAAGAGACUGCACAGUCACUGUGCAAGCAUGUCAAGGCCAAAGACGGGGAUAAGAAACGACUCCAACUUCUGGGAUCUCUUUCUUCAAAAACUGUCAAAAGCCCCUUGUCAAACACUUUUGUUUUCAAUUUUCCUUCAUGUUUUUUUUCUAUCAGUGAAGUUGAGAAAGUCUGGCCGGGUAGUUUCGAUGUGCCGUCCCAUUUCUUACAUAAACAUCUGGUAAAUCAGCACGGAUAGCAGAGCCCAGGCUGGAAAGGGGCCACAAUAUGGCAGUGAAUCACAGAUGGGGCGGGG